AGUCAGCUGACUGCUGCCAGUCGGAAUGCACGACUAAUUAAAGAGAACCGGUUUCGAAUGCGCCGAAAAUAACAUGAUGAAUGCAUAUGUAUAUAUUUAUGAGUGUGUGUGUGCAAGUGAAAGAUUACCAAUGCCGCGAUUGGCGAUCAGCUGCCGCCUUUUACGCCCCAAGCUUCAAAUGCUCUCUGGCAUCCAAAGCGCGCAGUUGCAUGUAGAAUUAACGGCUCCUGAAACUUAUCUGCCUGCUGAAUGUGCACGUUUUUCGUAGAUAAAAAAAAAUCAAUAACUGUAAUAAAGUAGAACAAAAAGAUGGCGACGAGUGUGCUACAGGGUUGCAGUUCUUCGGCUUUGCGCGAUGUUUGCGAGAGCACAAAUCUGCUGGACUAUGUGGAAUCCGUUGUGGAUCGUAUCAAAAGCACUAAUUCAUCCAUUGGCACAAAAACUCGUCUACUUGUGGAUCCCUCCGCGGCAAUGAUUUAUUUUGGCUUUUGCGCGGUAAUUUCGCACAUUUUGCUCGCUGGCAUCACUGUGAUCAUUGUGCGCAAAUGUUUAGCCCUGAAAAUGGUGCAUACAGCGGGACAUGCCUUCUACUGCACAGUGGCUUUUGUCUUCUGCCUGGGCGAGGCGCUUUUGGUGCGUCACAGUCGAGUCCUGGAAUUGUGGCUGGGCAUUUUUAAUUUGGAUUUGCUCCACAGUGCUUUUGGCCUGCUCGCAUUUGGCAUUGGUGUUGGCGGUGUCGCCAUUAAAACGUUACAAAAGCUGGAACGCAAGCGCGAAGAACCAACGGCAACUGUAAAACACUUUCGCAGUAAUCAUGGAUUCUUUGGCAUUGUUGGUUGUGUGCUGCUGCUGGGCAGUGUUCUUAGCGGUUUGCCGCUCUAUUUCUACACAUUCAAAUGGCUGCAGCUGGUGCAUCGCUUCUGCUCUCUCGGCAGUUUUGCAACACUGAUGGCAUCACAGAUGUUUAGCUAUAAUACGGGUUUUGCACAACGUCAGUGGAAAGCCCGCCACGUUCGGCUGUUCAAACUGUUUACAUUUAUUGUUACCAUUACGACAAUUAAUUACGAAUUUAGGAGAUUCACUCGCGAAAUUGUCGCGUUAAUUGCCAGACAAUUCGGCGAUUGAUAUAAACAGUUUUAUUUUUACUUUUUUUCUUGUCUAAUUGGGCUGUUGUCGAUAUUUCAAUUUUCAUUUUUAUUGUUUUAUGUUUAAUGCACGAUAUACCAUUGAAUAAUAUAGUUUUGAAUAUUUAAGGCUUAUACAUUCUUUAGAUUAUACAUAGAUAAUUAUUCAUGUAUCUUUCGCUCGGUAAAAUAAAUGGAAUCAAUUCAUCAAGAAUAAAAAACGAUUUAAUUUUGAUUAUAA